CCUUCUUAUGUGGGCAUCAGGGGGCGGGUAUAAGCUGGGGUCAGCAGGAAUUGAUUCCCCAAACUUCUCUCAGACACCGUUUCUUUAGCGGUGUUUUGCUGUUAGAUCUGCAUUCUGAUCGAUCCACCACACCCCGCAUACUUCAUCUCUGCGGCAUAGCACAUCAAUUCUCCGAGAAGAAUUACUAUAGAUCGCAUCUUCAUUACUUCAUACCCAAACAUACUACACACACACCAUGGCCACCAAAGACCCCAUUACAGUCACCUACCAGGACCGUCUGGCAAUCAUCACCCUCAACCGUCCUAAAAAACUCAACGCCCUCGACGCAGACCUCUACUACCUCCUCGGUGAACGUCUCCGCGAAGUCGACAAGCGGCCCGAUAUCUUCAUCACUGUCCUCACAGGUUCUGGACGAUUCUUCUCCGCCGGCGCCGACGUAACCAGCGUCCGCCCCGGCGGCGGGCUAAGCAGCCAAGCGCGCCGCGACGUCGCACGCACCUUCGUAAUCAACAACUACGACAUCACGCGCACCUUCGCGCACCACUCCAAGAUCCUCGUGGUAGCCCUCAACGGCCCCGCCGUCGGCCUCUCCGCGGCCCUAACCGCCAUGGCCGAUUUCAUCUACGCCGCGCCGCACACCUUCCUCCUGACUCCCUUCGCCUCGCUCGGCCUAGUCGCAGAAGGCGGUGCCUCGCGCGCCUUCGUCGAACGUCUGGGCAUCGCGAAAGCAAACGAAGCACUCAUCAUGAGUAAGCGGCUGACGUGCGAGGAGUUAGUGGCGGCGGGGUUCGUGAAUAAGGUGAUUGAGGCGCCGAGUGGGAGGAGUGAGGAUAGUGAGGGGUUUCUGGGGAAGGUGUUGGAGGAGGUGGAGGAGACGUUGGGGGCGCAUUUGAAUCAGGAGAGUAUGUUGAAGAUUAAGGAGUUGGUGAGACGGCCGGAACGGGAGGUUUUGGAUAAGCAGAAUGGGUUGGAGGUUUUUGCCGGGUUGGAGAGGUUUCUUAGUGGGGUGCCGCAGGAGGAGUUUAGGAGGUUGGCUGCCGGGGAAAAGAAGCAUAAGCUUUAGGGUUUGUGAUCGUGGAGGAAGUGUACAUAGAGGGAAAGGAGGGUUGAGGGUUUGUUAGGUUAAUGCCAUGGUUGAGCGGUUAUGGAGAUAUCAAGGAAUUGAAGCACCAACUUUUAUUU